AUGGAAGCACCAAAGAAAAGAGUGUACAUCAGUCUUCCAAAGAAGUUCAUGGCUUCUUUGGGUGAAAACUAUGAACUGGAUCACGGACUGGUGAUAAAAGAUCUGAACCCAUAUUUGAAUGAAGGCUAUAUCCAAGCUUACUUUAGAGAAUGGGGCACCAUCACACGGUGUAAGAUUAGCAAGGGCUCCAACACGGAGAAUAAUAAGGCUGUUGCCUAUGUGAGGUUUUCUUUGGAGGAUGAAGCAGACAGAGCCGACUGGGCCGGUCCUCACUUUAUUGGAGGCAAUGAAGUUGGAGUGAGACGAGUUGUGAGUCCAAAGAUGGAGGAGGAUGAAUCAGAGGCGAAGAUCAGCGCAGCGUCUUCAAGGCCGAGACCACGGCGAUCAAUGGGUCUGGGCUACAUACUGGAAGAUGCUCAGUGGUUAGAUGAUGACAUGGAAGAAGAAGAAGAAUAA